GUAAGUAACAGGCAGCAUGGAAUCGUGGUCUCUGACUUGAUAUUUGGUCUGCACGGAAUAAAAUAGCUUGGGUUUGUCUACGAACAGCGACUUUCCCCAUCACCAUCAUCAUCAUUUCCCCAACCAGACCUUAACCAGGCUCCAGCAUAGGAAGAAGAAGAGAAAGAAUGGGCCAUGCAAGGAUCUUCCUCCUCACCCAAGCAAAUAGGUAGCAGCCACAGAUUCAGUGUGGCCCCAUACACCAGCACUUUUGCCAUCACGAAAUAACGUGGACUCGUGUACACUGCUAUUAGGCACGGACGGACGGAGGGAGAAAGCUCACAAGAACAGACACACUGCUCUGCUGGGUUUUGGGCUGGGCUGGCAGGGUUGGACUCUCACUCGCUCGCUUUCUCUCUUCUUCCGCACUCACCACUCGUCCACUUUCUCCCUCUCUGGCAGUUUGGAUUUGGGCUCCAUCCAGCCACCACCACUCACAAACUACCAGCAGUAUCAGACGAUCAACGAAUCUGAUACCAAACAAACAAGCCAUCCAUGGCUGUGCUGCAGCAGUUUCUAUCACGAAAAGUAACCAAACCAAGUCAAUUUCACAACACUUGGACGAGGAGGAAGCUGCUGCCGUGUGCGUCAUUUCAUCACCACUUGCUGGUUCUUCUUCCAUGUGGGGAAGCGGAGAGAUGCACGAGAAGGAUGACACUGCGAGGCGCAAACAAUGAGUGAAAAGUUUCUGUGUCCACGAUUAGCGGACUACUUGGUGAUUGUGGGGAGCCGGAGUCCACAUCACUCAGCAAUCCAACCUCCAGAACUACUCCGACGAUACCCACUAGACGAUCACAAGGAUUUCCCUCUGCCAAUUGAUGUGGUCUUCUUUUGUCAACCUGAAGGCUGUGUUUCUGCCGGACCUAAACGACCUGCUCUGCGUGAUGCUGUCUCCUUCGUCUUCACGUUGACAGAUAAAGAUUCAGGGAAAACGAGAUAUGGGGUUUGCCUCAAUUUCUACCGUCGAACGGAACGCACAUCUCCUCCAGGAACGAGCAGGCGGAAGGACUCUGAAGGAAAUCCAACAAUCAGAAGGCAGUCGUGGAGAAAGUCUUUGGAGAAAAGCUCAGACUCUGCCUUCUCCAGUGAUCACCGAAGCGGAGUUGCUCCCAGCGAUUCGGAACGUGAAGGUCCAAGUCGGAGAGAUUCCGAUGCCACCACCACGAGCAGCACCACCACGACCACUCAAUUUCACCCCACCAACCCCUUUCUCACGGAGCCAGUCACACCCUCGCCUCGCCUGGGGGUGCCCUACGAGUCGGAGAGUGGAGGCUCCAAAUCGCCCUCGCCUGCGCCGCCGAGGACGGCGACGAGGAGGAAGCAGCGGAGUAAAAACCACACCUUGACAUCCCUCUGCCUCCUCUCCCAUCAUCCCUUCUUCUCCUCGUUUCGACAGUGCCUCACACUUCUGAAAAAAUUAAUCGAUGCAUGCAACGACAAUACUGCACCUCAGAGGGUCGGAGCCUCCAAGCAAACGACACGGGACAGUUUAUGGAGCGUUCUGACGGGGAGAAACACAGAUCUCGGCUCCUCCAUCGUGGCUCAUGACGUACGAGAGAUAGAAACAUGGAUCCUCCGCCUUCUGAGCUGUCCCGUUCCUGUCCCUGGUAGUACAAGAGUUGAGUUGGAAGUCUUGCCACCUGAACUACAUCCACCUUUAGUGUUCGCCUUGCCUGACAAAACUCGUUUCAGUUUAACAGACUUUCCAUUACACCUGCCGUUAGAACUUCUUGGGGUGGACUCUUGUCUCCAAGUCCUGACGCUCAUUUUCCUCGAAUGCAAAGUUGUGAUACAAUCCCGGGACUACAGCGCCCUUUCCAUGUCCGUGCUCGCCCUAGUCACGAUGCUCUACCCGUGCGAGUACAUGUUCCCUGUAAUUCCCCUCCUCCCGACCUGUAUGAGUUGUGCCGAACAACUCCUGCUGGCACCGACGCCCUUCAUUAUCGGCAUCCCGGCUAGCUUCUUGCCUUACAAAAAACAUUUCCGACUUCCAGAAGAUAUUUGGCUCGUCGACCUGGACGCCAAUAAAAUAUCCGGUCCCAAAAGCGUAGAGCGAGAUAGCUGUGAUUUCAUCCCUGCUCUUCCUGAACCUGAAUGUUCCGUUCUGAGAAAUCACCUCAAGCAGGCCAUGGGGCGCAUGGAUUUGCAGGUCAGUUUUUCAUCGCCUUCGACCACGCAGGAAUUUGGUGUUAAGGACAGUGCCCUGACAAGUAUGGCAUCUGCACCAUUUCCAGAACUCACGUCUCACCCAUCAAGUGACACUGAUAUUGACCGUAGCACUCAAGGGCACCCACAAAAGGCCACCCACACGGCCGCAUCCAAUAUCACUAGUACCUCUUCUUCUUCGGUAAUGGUUCCUUCUCCCUCAAAGGCAAAGCAGCAAGCAGCACAAAAAGAGCCCUUGCCACCCCUUCCUCUUCACCAAGGAGGAGGAGGACCGCAACCCCCUUUGAAGAGUCCUUCAAAAAAAUCAUCUCCUGGCGGCUCAAGUACCACACCCACAAAUGUCAACGUGCCUCCUCAUCCUCAUACAAGUGGUCAACAACAACAUCAACAGCAACCACGCCCCUCAAAUGCAUCCACAUUCAACCCACUUAUUUAUGGGAAUGAUGUCGACUCUGUGGAUGUCGCCACGCGAAUCGCAAUGGUCCGAUUCUUUAACUCUGCCAACAUACUGGCCAAUUUUAACGAGCACACGAGAACACUGAGGCUGUACCCGAGACCCGUUGUGGCAUUCCAGAUUACCAGUUUCCUUCGAUCUCGUUCACACAAUCCUUCCCAAUUUCUAUGCAGAUUUGCUCGAACUCAGGCUGUCGAGUACUUGGCAGAAUGGAGUCUGGCUCCAACAAAUUUGGCAUUCCUACGUGUGCAAACGGGUGUUUACGACCCGACAAUUAUCGGGGACAAAGCCAAAUGGUUUGCUCACACCCUUCAACCCAUCACGUUCAAUAUUCAUGUCGAUGUACCAGGAUUGUGUUCAGUGCUAUCAGGCGCACAUCAAGUUUCUGCAGUUCCCACAGAUGAAAGUGGAUCUGACUCAGAAGGGGCUGCCGAUUCCGGGGAUAGCACCUCAAGUUAUUCCUCUCUUUCUGAUUUCGUCUCUGAACUCGCAUCCUCAGAUCUUUCAGCUUCUCGAGGGAUUGCUAUUGCUGCACGAAGGAAAUCACAUCAAAAACACCAGCCAACUACAGCAGAAGAAGAGUACGAGGUGGAAGAAGAUUAUCCGUCGCAACCACAAAGACAUGAAGUAUUUAGCAGAAAUAUUACCCAGCUUUGCAGUAGCUUGGACUUGUCCACCGUAUACAAUCCACCAUCGUCCCUUCUCUUGCCGGGUGUGCAAGAUCCCAGCCAAGCACGAAAAGCAUCCAUCUCAGGUUCUGGCAGCGGGACUGAAUCGGAGUCCAGUGUGAGUUCUGGGGAUGACACUCCAAACUCUAAAAGACGCGAAUCUAGAGAAAGCAGGAAGAGCUCGGCUGGGACAUCUUCCCAGCCGGAGGGAGGUGCAGGAGGGGUUGAAGAUGACAAUGUGCCUCGUCAACAGAAAGGUGGUUCACCUGCUGCGUCUACACCCGUGCCAAGCAAAGAACCAAUUAUGCGUCAGGGGAGUUUUGGUUCGGGAUCAGGCUCAAUUUUGGGACAUAUUGCGUCUCAUGCGAAAGAGUUGGUGAAGGAAACAAAGAGACAAAGCAGCCAGGAAGGGCUGUUAUCACAAGUCGACAAGUUGAAAACUAAAACGAAGGAGAAACUCACUGAAGUGAAACACGGAUCUUUGGGAUCCUCUGGGGAUGAAUCUAGUUUCUUAUCCCCGCUAGAACACCUCACGAGCCAAGCCAAGAGGAAGGCUGGAGAGGCUGGAAAAUCGGUCCAGGCAUCUUUGAGCAAAACAUCUCUAGAUGAAUUUACUACGGCAGGAAAAAGUACGUGGGACGAUAUCACAAAAUCUGCCAAAAAAGGAUUACUCAAGUCCUUGGGAGAAUCUACAGAGUCCAAGGAACCACCAGAGCUGACAAGGAAACAAUCUUUGGAGAGGAGAGAUUCAACGUCUUCAACGUCUUCAAUUGCUUCUCGAAUGCUCGUACCACAAAUAAAAGGGGAUGUUGGACGAAAUACGAGUCGAGACUUUUUUGCAAAUAUGAGCACAGAGCUCAAUGGCUUGGCUACUCAGACUACAUCCAUGUUCUCUGACUUUUUUGGAGGUGGACAACCUGGGGGACAACCGCAGAGAAGCAGUAUAUCUGCAUGUCCCAGUCCCAAUCGAGCUGGAAGUCCGGCCCCCUCAUUGGCAGGAAGUACGAGCAGUUUACCCACGGCAGUUUUAAGCUCGAGUCAACGAGAAAGUACUGCAAAUCAGCACCAUGGCCCCUUUCCGACAGGAAGAAAAGGACUUGUGGAGCGUUCCUCUCUCAUCAGACACACCACAUCUCAUCUUCACCCUAAAAAACCAAAGACUGACUUUAAAAUGAUUCAAAAAUUAUCUGGAAGUCAGGCUGCAACAAAUAGCACAAGUGCAGAAAAUCAAGCGUUUAUGUAUGAGGUUGCCAAUCAAGUGCUCAACGGGGAAGGCGUCGGAUGGCUUAGAGUGGGCAGACUAAAGAAACUAUUUGAAGACGAAGGUUACCGUGUUGUGGCAGUGGCCAAGAUCAAUAAAACGCUUGACAGAAAAAUUGGACCAGACGAUCAUAUCGAUGAUGUUUGCGUAUCAAAACCUGUAUGGAAAGGAAUGAUCAAAUUACUUCAACUUCUAGUAGGGGGUUUGGAAUUUAGUUAUGCAAAUCGUGGAAUCGGUGGGAUGGCCUCUGCUUUCCAGAUCUUGGAAAUUGCCCACACGCACUACUGGACUAAAGACAUUGCGGACAUAGCUGCGGAAAGUGGUUCUCAUUAUUCACAAUACUUGGACCCCAACGUUCUAUCUCCAGGAGUUUUGUCUAUGCAAGGUUCUCCAAUUUCUUCAGAGCAGGCAUCCCCAGAACCAUCACGGAGACCAUCGGCACAAGUUGCUGAACCCAUGGAUCCCAAUAUUGAACAACAUCAUGGAGUUGGACCUGGGCCUAACACUACCGACGUCUUUCGAGAUAUUUUCCAGAGCAAGAAGCAGUCUUUAAUGUCACGCCUAAGUUCAUCCGAAUGUCAUAUUGAAGGUGUUCAACAUCCUGUAGCAACCGCUGGAAGUGGACCUCAACACUCUGGUAGUGUCGUGGUAAACCCAGUGAUGAACCCCUCGUGGUCACAAAUAGGUGCUGGCAGCCUAAGUAAGCCACGAUUGACAAGCCGACUUUCUCAAAUGUCGUUGAGAUCAACCGUGUCAGAUACGGAACUGGAGCAGGGCUCUGGUCGAGGUAAAAGGAGUCCUAGUGUUUGGUCGAGUAAAUCAGCACUAGCAGCUGGACUGCGGUAUCAUGCUGGUUCAUUGAUUCCAACCGGAAGUUCUCCCACCAGUCCUGAGAAUGGCCGCAUGUACUUAUUUGAAGGAUUAGUGCGAGAAAGAUCAAGUCUAUGGGAUCAGAUGCAAUUUUGGGAAGACGCUUUUCUUGAUGCUGUUGCUCAAGAACGGGAAAUGGUAGGAAUGGACCAAGGGCCGAGGGAGAUGAUGGAACGAUAUAAAUCUCUGAGUGACAGUGAAAAAAAGAGAUUGGAACACGAGGAAGACAGACUUUUAGCAACACAGCUCUACAAUCUCGUAUCAUUCAUGCUCAUGAUGGAUCUGAACAGAGUGGAACUGAAGCAAAAAGUAAGAAGGCUCUUGGGCAAAAGUCACAUGGGGCUUGUCUACAGCCAGGAAAUUAACCAGUUGCUAGAACAAGUGAACCACUUGAGAGGAAAUGCCGUUGAUUUGAAACCUGCUGGCUCAAGAUUGACACACCGACAAACAUUCGCAGUUCACGCCGGAGCAGAACCAAUUGGUGAUCUCCUCUUCAUGGAAGUCCGUGACGACGGUCUGGUUCUGAGGAAUGUUGCUGGAGCCAUCGUUGAACGAUGGUGGUGGGAGAGGUUGGUGAACAUGACGUACAGCCCGAAAACAAAAGUACUCUGCCUGUGGCGCCGAAAUGGAGGUCAAACCCAACUGCACAAGUACCACUCCCGAAAAUGUCGUCAGCUUUACCAAGCAAUUAAGGAAGCCAUGGAACGAGCCGCUGCCCGGGGAAAUUCCCCCCUCCCAGGCACCGACCUUGGUGGGGAGUUUCCCGUCGAAGACAUGAAAACUGGACAGGGUGGUCUUCUCCAAGUCUGCAUGGAGGGUGUCGGACUAUUAUUCGCCAACAGCAAGGAUUUCGAGUUCUUUGUUCGACUUGACCAUAUUCGGAAAUGUUUCACACAGAAGGGAGGAAUCUUUGUCCUUGAAGAAUUCAAUCCCAAGACCAGACAAGUGAUCCAGAGAAAGUACAAGUCCGCGUUGGCCGAGAAUAUUUGCUACUCUGUGCUGUGCGUGUUUUCCUACGUGGCGGCGGGUCACGAGCAGAAGAAAGUGAUUUCAUCCAAGGGAGGUGCUGUCACACCCACGUCGACAGUUUCUGCUCCAGCGAUGACCAUGUCGUCAGAAUCGUCCCCACUCCCGUCAUCUUCUGCUGGGGUUGAACAUUCAGUUUCACCACCGUAAUCCUUACACGGCAGGAUCAAUUCAAGUAAUUCAUUUUACAACAAAAUAUGUAUAUACGAGAAACACAUUUCACAAGAGAAAGUGUAUUUAGAGGAGAACAAUGUGCAUGGUAAUUGUCAAACUGAAAAAUCCACCUGAUAAAUCUGUCUAUACAUUUCAAAUUAAUAGUCUGGGAUUGAAAAAAAAUUAAGGUUUUAAAAUCCAAAAUUACAUUACACUAUAUCCUAAUUAUUUUGAUUGUCACAAACAGGUUUAGAAGUCUAAUGAUUUAAAUAAAUUUCCAAGUAAACACGAAAAUCUGGCAAGUCUUCACACGAAGAUUAUAUAUCAACUUAUUGAUAUCAAUAUUAAAUAGUACCGUACAAUCAUUACCUAGUACAAAAUGACAAAAUUGUUUGUGGUAAUCAGCAGCCUACUGGCUUUAGUAGUAGGAGAAGGGCGUCAAAAAUACACAAUUCAAUUACUUAUGAUAGAUGUGAAAUUCCUAAAAAUCUCAAUGUAUAAUGUAUGUAAGAAGAGAGAAUAUUGCAGCGAAUUAAUUUCUACUGUUGCUGUCGUUAUCUGAACAAGUGUGGUGGUGAGGGAAUGAGGUCUAUGUAAUAGUUAAAAAAUCAAUGAACAAACAAAAUCCACACAAUAUUGCCAAAGAUUUUGGAGAUUGAGUGGCGUAUGUAUUCAGCAGUUGUUAUUGGGCGAUAGAUUUAUAAUUCAUAUAUUUAUUCUCAGGGCAAGAAGAAAUAAAUAUGCAACCUGAGAUAUAAAUACCUGUUAUCUGAAGGUAAUUUAUAGGGCGUGACACACAUUUGGUGCGAACCGUUGUCCCGUUUUUAAUUAUACUUGGUAAUAAUUAAAGAACCAUAUACUGUCAUAUUGCACACAUACACCUUAUCUGCGACUAAAUAGUACCCGUAUACUGCUGCCUACUUAUGCAUAAACUAGCCGAAACCAACAGCAAGCAUACAUAAAUCUUGUUGAUUAUUUAACUUGAGUUGUGCAAACAAUAAACGAUAGCAAUAUUGAAUGAGUAAAAUAUCAGUUUUAGUAAACGACAUUUAUUUUAUUGCUAUAAUUAGCUAGAGAGAUGAUUAAUAUGGUACGUAAAUUACUACUAAAUACUAAUAAAAGGUACUACGACAACUAUUACUUAUUGUGACUUCAGUGGCAGUUGAGCAGUUAAUAAUUAGUUUUAAAGAUCAAAUAAUUAUAAAUAUGUCGUUAUGUAUGCGUUGUUGAUGUCGUUUUUAUGGUAUUGUAGUGAGUAGUUGAUAAAAUGCAAGGUUUUGUAAUAUUUUGGUUUAAAUACGUAUAUAUGUACUUGUUUCCGAGAAUUUUAUAUGUGUAUUACUUGCAAAAUAUAUACUAAUUGGAAGAGUUGUGUUUGACGGGUACAAUAUCAGAUGGGAUAAAACCAGUGAUGUAUGAAUAAUUAUUGUUAUGUCGCAUAUUGUUGGGAAGAUACAAAUAUUAGAAAAUUAAACUUACGGGUGCAAAUUAAAUCCACCUUAAUAAAGAGAAUGUUUAAAUAAAAAGA